AAAACGGUCAGUUGCCGAUUUUGUUUUUUGUUUUUUUGCAAUAAAUGUUUUCCCCGCACAACAAUUAACUACGCCAAUGGCAGAAACGGGAAGUGCAAUGGUUUAAUUAAUGUCCGAAUGUCUAGAGAACGGCAAACUGUACGGCAGACGUUUUUAAUGAAGUUUGUUCAAGUGCAGACCGAUUUUCCGCACUCGCAUACGCCGUCUCGCUCGCUCUCAUUGUCGUCGUGUGCACUUUGUGUAAAUUACAGCACAAAUAAGUUGAUUUCGAUUCGGAUGCCCAUGUUUAAAAUGUAAAGUCUGCCGACGCACAAUAGCAAAAGCAGUAUAGCAAAUAUAGACUGUUACUUAGGACCACACCUGCAAGUCGCACUCCUUGCCUAUAUGCUUAUCUUACCGCACCAGCAACACCCUAGAAUCGAGGCAAUAAGUACUACUUUCAUCACCGCACCCCGAAACCGUCUGUAAUUUGGUCCUGAAGAGGAAACACAGGAAAUAAGGACAUGCAAAGAGCAUUUCCAUCCGCAGUGUGGCCUACGUUAUCUCUAUAAGAUGUCCUUGGCUGUGUCGCUGCGCAGAGCUCUUCUGGUGCUGCUCUCCGGCGCCAUAUUCAUCCUGACGGUGCUCUACUGGAACCAAGGAGCCACCAAGGCACAGGCUUACAACGAGGCGCUGGAACGCCCCCACAGCCACCGCGAUGCCAAUGCCUUUCCCAUACCCGUCGAGAAGUCCUGGACUUACAAGUGCGAGAAUGAGCGAUGCAUGCGGGUGGGCCACCAUGGCAAGUCAGCCAAGCGGGUCUCCUUCAUCAGCUGCUCGAUGACGUGCGGGGACAUCAACAUUUGGCCGCAUCCCACCCACAAGUUUGUGCUCAGCUCGCAAACGCACAGCUUCUCCGUGGAGGAUGUCCAGCUCCAGGUGGACACGUCGCAUCGGGAGGUGCGCAAGCAGCUGCAGCUGGCCUUCGACUGGUUCCUCAAGGAUCUGCGGCAAAUCCAACGGCUUGACUACGUGGCCAGCUCAUCGGAGCCAACGGUCAGCGAAUCUUCAUCGAAGGCUCGUCGUCAUGCGGAUGAGGAACCCGCCGCCACGCUCUUCGGAGCCACCUUUGGCGUGAAGCAGGCUGGAGAUCUGACCAGCGUGCAGGUCAAGAUCAGCGUGCACAAGUCCGGAGACCUCAACUUUAGCCUGGACAACGAUGAGACCUAUCAGGUUACCUCCAAUACCGAUGGACACCGUCUGCAAGUGGAGAUCACUGCGAACUCGUACUUCGGAGCACGCCACGGACUGUCCACGCUGCAGCAGCUAAUCUGGUUCGACGACGAGGACCGCCUGCUGCACACGUACGCCAACAGCAAGGUGAAGGACGCGCCCAAGUUCCGGUACCGCGGCCUGAUGCUGGACACCUCUCGGCACUUUUUCUCGGUGGAGGCCAUCAAGCGGACGAUAGUGGGCAUGGGCCUGGCCAAGCUGAACCGAUUCCACUGGCACCUGACGGACGCGCAGAGUUUCCCCUACAUUUCGCGCUACUAUCCGGAGCUGGCCGAGCAUGGAGCCUACUCGGAGAGCGAGACGUACACGGAGCUGGAUGUGCGCGAGGUGGCCGAGUUCGCCAAGAUCUAUGGCGUCCAGGUCAUCACCGAGAUCGAUGCGCCGGCCCAUGCGGGCAACGGCUGGGAUUGGGGGCCCAAGCGCGGCAUGGGCGAGCUGGCCAUGUGCAUCAACCAGCAGCCCUGGAGCUUCUACUGCGGCGAGCCGCCCUGCGGCCAGCUGAAUCCGAAGAACAACCACACCUACCUCAUUCUGCAGCGCCUCUACGAGGAGCUGCUGCAACACACGGGCCCCACGGACUUCUUCCACCUGGGAGGCGACGAGGUGAAUCUAGACUGCUGGGCGCAGUACUUCAACGACACGGAUCUGCGCGGCCUGUGGUGCGAUUUUAUGCUGCAGGCGAUGGCCAGACUUAAGCUGGCCAACAAUGGCGUGGCGCCCAAGUACGUGGCCGUCUGGUCGAGCGCCCUCACCAACACCAAGUGUCUUCCAAACAGUCAAUUCGCCGUGCAGGUUUGGGGUGGCAGCACCUGGCAGGAGAACUACGAUCUCCUGGACAACGGCUACAACGUGAUCUUCUCGCACGUGGACGCCUGGUAUCUGGACUGCGGCUUCGGCAGUUGGCGGGCCACCGGGGACGCGGCCUGCGCCCCGUACCGCACCUGGCAGAACGUCUACAAGCACCGGCCGUGGGAGCGGAUGCGCUUGGACAAGAAGCGCAGGAAGCAGGUGCUGGGUGGUGAGGUGUGCAUGUGGACCGAGCAGGUGGACGAGAACCAGCUGGACAAUCGGCUGUGGCCGCGUUCAGCCGCGCUGGCCGAGCGGCUUUGGAGCGAUCCCAGCGAUGAUCACGACAUGGACAUAGUGCCGCCAGAUGUGUUCCGCAGGAUCUCGCUGUUCCGGAAUCGCCUCGUCGAGCUGGGAAUCCGGGCCGAAGCCCUGUUUCCCAAAUACUGUGCCCAGAAUCCGGGGGAAUGCAUUUGAUAUUACCUCUAAGAAGUAAAAGUAACCUCCUAUGAUCCCAACCCGCGACCCCUCCCGUUAGUUAGUUGAUAGUCUAAUUGUUAUUUUAUACGGAUACCUAGGCUUCGUUUUGCAGGGAAGCAGACGACUGUUUAAAAUGGUUUCUGGCAUAAACCAUGACUCGAAUUUCGUUAUUAUAGAAGAAGCAUAAACAUAAACACACACCCAUUACUAGUACAAUCCAUUUCGAAUUAUAGCGCACAUAAGCAUUGCAGUUGCAACAGAACAGGAUGGUGGAUGGUGGGAUGUGGCCAGAAAUGACCUGGUAGGGAAUCAAGUUGAGGUUGACAUGCAGGUGACGUUGAACAUUAGAGUUCAUAGACUUAGUUGUAGAUUUCAUACGCAUCAAUUCACAUACACAGACAUAGGCCUAUGAUAUAUAUACACAUUAAUAAGUAGCCUUAGAUGAUAAAUCACGAUUGAAAAAUUACAACUUUUUGAUAUUUUUAAAAGCUUUAUUCGCAGAAUAUUAAUUAUUAAGUUUAAGGUGACAUUAAAUGAUCUUUUACUUUUCUUUAACUUUUCUAUUCAUUUCAUUUCGUUUAGUUUCCUUUUAAUUUCGCGUUGCCUUAAGUUAAAAUACGUUAAAUUACAUUUUCAGUGAUAUAAACAAUGUGACCUUAAGAAUCAGAAAGAAAAACAGAAACUGCUUAAUGAGUAAAACUUAGAAUUAACAUUAACAAUAAAUCGUUACGAACAAUUUUUGCACGCAUUGGCACACUCGACUAGUUAAUUAGUAGCUAAUUCAGAAUGUACACUAAAAAAAGGGGGGGGGGAAAUUAAUGGGGUAUUCACAGUUUUGUUUUGUUUAAUAUUUGGAAUGAUUGAUAAGAUCCUUGUGUAAGCAACUUGUUUUCGUACUUAAGAUUUUGCAACAAAAUAUCAGAAAACGUAAAACCUGAAUCCUGAACCUACAUUAGUUUAACCAUUUCUGCUGUAACUCCAAGUCACUCUCGAAAAUAAACUACAAGUCCAGUCUAAA